AUGCUGCCUCUCUUGCUGCUCCUCUUGGGCCUUGGCCGGCUGACCUCUGCAGACCAGAAUUCUGAAACACCAUUUCUGCAAAUUACAAUACCACAGAAGAUUUGGACAGAUACUAAAGACGGUGAUACUUCACAAACACGUAUCAUUUAUGUUAUCGAAAUUAAUGGGAAAGCAUACACUCUUCAUCUUGAAAAACAGUCAUUUUUGCCACCUCAUUUCUUGGUGUACUCAUACAGUAAAUUAGGAAUUCGGCUAUUAGAGUCUCCAUUUGUAAAAGAUCAUUGUUUUUAUCAAGGAUAUACUGAAGAAAUACCAAAAUCAAUUGUGACACUAAACACUUGUUAUACUGGUCUCAGAGGAUUACUACAGCUGGAGAAUGUCAGCUAUGGAAUUGAACCAAUGCAAUCUUCAAGUACAUAUGAGCAUAUAAUUUAUCAAAUAAGAGAUAAGAAAAUAGAUUUUUAUCCCUUGGGAAAAAAUUACUCUUUGAAAGAAUUUGAGGAUCAAUUCUACAAGAUUCUUGUGAAAUCAGAUAAAUAUUCAAAUGUCAUGCUGAUAAAUAGAACCCUACAUGUACAAAUCGUCAUGGAUAAAGCCUUGUAUGAUUAUAUGGGAUCUGAAGUGGCAGUUGCAGCUGAGAAAGUUGUCCAAAUCUUUAGCCUUAUCAAUACUAUGUUUUCCCAGCUUAAAAUGACUAUUAUGCUUUCAUCUUUGGAACUCUGGUCAGAUAAAAAUAAGAUUUCAACUCAUGGGGAUGCUGAUGAUAUACUGCAAAGGUUUUUGUCAUGGAAACACACGUAUUUGGCUCAAAGGCCUGGUGAUAUGGCAUACCUGUUAAUUUAUAGAGACUAUGCUAAUUAUGUGGGAGCAACAUAUCAAGGAGUAGCAUGCAAUCCAAAGUUGGCUGCAGGAAUUGCUCUGUAUCCAAAGGCAAUGACUUUGGAAGCACUUUCUAUGAUUUUGACACAAUUACUUGCGGUUAAUCUAGGAUUAACAUAUGAUGAUAUCCACAAGUGUUACUGUCCAGGAAAUGCUUGUGUAAUGAAUCCUACAGCAAUGAGUUCCCGUGGUGUAAAGUUUUUUAGCAGUUGUAGCCUGGAUGAAUUUAACCAUAGAGUUACACAGCCCGAAUUUGAAUGUCUUCAGGAUAAAAUAGUUUCACGAGUGUCUUUACAAGGAAGAACCUCAUAUUGUGGCAAUGGAAUUUUGGAACCACCAGAGCAAUGUGAUUGUGGCACGGCAGAGAAAUGUCAAUUAAAAAAAUGCUGUAAUCCUGCAGAAUGUACUCUUAUUGGAUAUGCAGAGUGUGGUACAGGAGCGUGUUGUGAUAAAAAAACUUGUCAGCUAACUGACCAUGGAACUCUGUGUAGAGAAAGUGUAGAUCCCUGUGAUUUUAAAGAAUAUUGUAAUGGAACAUCUGAAUAUUGCCCAGAAGAUAUGAAAUCUGCUGAUUUAGAACCAUGUUUGAAUUAUGCUUCUUAUUGCUAUAAGGGGAUAUGCCGAACUAUGGACAGACAGUGUGUCCAGUUGUUUGGAAAAUUUGCAAAGGGUGCUGAUUAUUUAUGUACAGAAGAAGUGAACUUUCAUGGAGAUGAUUUUGGAAAUUGUAAAGGAAAACCUUGUCGUUUUGAGAAUAUUCUUUGCGGGAAGGUAGUUUGUCACUGGUCAAGAGGAGAAGUAAUACCAUUGACACAUUAUGAUAUUCAGUACACUUACCUAAGAGGACAUGUUUGUAUAUCUGCAUUUCUAAGAAAUGAGUCAAUAAGGAAUAGAUAUGAUGAUACUUAUGUGAGUGACGGCUCUAUAUGUGGUUCAAAUAAGGUUUGUAACCAAAGGCUCCAUUGUCAGUGUCAUGUUGGAUAUGUACCUCCUAAUUGUGAUCCAUCAGAGACAUCACUGGGAGGAAGUAUAGAUGAUGGAUUUUGGCUUCUGUCAGAGUCCGGUGUGCCUUUAAUAGUAAAACAGCGUGCUGCUCGUAAGAGAAAUGAUCUUUUGAUCAGUUUCUAUGUUUUCCUACCUUUGCUCGUCUUAACUACCCUUAUAGCUCUAAAAUGGAAUAAAAUGAGGGAGUUUUGGAACAGAGGAAGUAUAAAUGAAGACUCUGCUUCUGAAGACAGCAAUCAGAACAGCAAUCUGACACAGUAG